ACAACUACAGAAAGGCACUUUCUACUUGGAGAAAAAGCUUUCUCCAUUGUUUCUCCUCCUCCUGGAAUUGUUUUAGAGAACACAGUUUCUUGAAUCAUCAUUAACCUUUCCAUUUUUGGUUUUCAAUUUGAAUUGGUUUCUUUCUGCUACAUUGUGAAGAAAACAGUCCCCAUCUGUAGGAUUUGUCUGGCUUCUUUUUCCCUUGCUUUGCAGAAUGAUUUAUGCAAGGUUUAGCCACCCGUGGUUAAAUCUUCUAGUUUUUGGACUUGUCUUGCUGAAAACAGAUGGCCUCUAUGUGGGAAUUACCUACGUUCAAAAUGCUGUGGCUAAAGGCGCCGUUUGUUUGGAUGGGAGCCCUCCGGCCUACCACUGGGACAGGGGAUUUGGUUCUGGAAUUAAUAGUUGGUUGGUACACCUUGAGGGAGGUGGAUGGUGCAACAAUGUGACAGCUUGCCUUGAGCGUAAGAAUACCCAUUUAGGCUCCUCUAAGAAAAUGGCCGAGCAACUACCUUUCUCUGGUAUUUUGUGCAACAGACCACAAUGCAAUCCAGAGUUUUACAAUUGGAAUAGAGUCAAAGUCCGGUAUUGUGAUGGGUCAUCAUUCACUGGCGAUGUGGCAGCCAUCAAUCCAGCUACAAAUCUUCACUUCAGAGGUGCAAGGGUUUGGCUAGCUGUUAUGGAGGAUCUAUUGGCAAAAGGAAUGAGAAAUGCUGAAAAUGCUAUUCUUUCUGGAUGUUCAGCUGGUGGAUUGGCAUCCAUUUUGCACUGUGAUAGCUUCCAAGCUCUCCUCCCUUUGGGUACUAAAGUAAAAUGUCUUUCAGAUGCUGGUUAUUUUAUCAAUGUGAAGGAUGUCUCUGGAGCAAGUCAUAUUGAAUCCUACUUCAGCCAAGUAGUUGCUACACAUGAAUCAGCAAAGAAUUUGCUUCCAUCAUGCACUUCAACAAUGAGACCGGCUAUGUGCUUUUUCCCACAAUACAUGGCACAGCAAAUACAAACACCGCUUUUUAUUAUCAACGCAGCAUAUGAUUCAUGGCAGAUAAGGAACAUUUUGGCACCAGCUGAUGCUGAUCCUCAUGGCAUCUGGGAGGACUGCAAGUAUGAUAUAAAGAACUGUUUGCCCAGCCAACUCAUGGCCAUGCAAGCAUUCAGGUCACAGUUCCUGAUUUCUUUGCUUCGAAUUGGGAAGUCCUCAUCUAGAGGAAUGUUUAUAGACUCUUGCUAUGCCCAUUGCCAAACCGAGAUGCAGGAAUUUUGGUUUAUGGCUAAAUCUCCAGCCUUGAACAAGACGAGGAUUGCAAAGGCUGUGGGAGACUGGUUUUAUGACCGGACUCCGUUCCAAACGAUAGAUUGCCCUUACCCUUGCAAUCCCACUUGCCGCAACCAAAUAUAUGAUUCAGAACACAACCUACAAUAUUAGAUUUAUUAUUACAUAUAUAAUAAUUCUUUUACGUAUAUGGUUUAGAUUGUAGGAAUAUGAACAGAAAAAUAGAGGGCAUUUAUUGUUGAUCAAAUCAUCAAAAUAACGGGCUUAUGGCGUAAAAGACCAACUAGUUAUAAGCCUUAAAAAGAUGCAUCCAUUUUUGACAAAAGCCUACUUUGAGCCCCUCACCUUAUUAAGUUUAAAGGUUUUAGUCCCUCAUUUUAUACUAUGAUAUUUUUAACCCCUCACUUUACUAGAUUUGUAGGUUUUAACCCUUCACUUUAUUUUAUAACACUUUUAGCUUCUCAUCUAUUAAAAUUAAAGAAAAUAG